GUCAGAAUAUUAACGUUUGCAAUUAAUAAAAAAUGGUACCGAUCGUAUACCCCUCUUCAGCUAAAACUCUACACAAUUACACAUACAACAAGAAGACCAACAGAGCAUUACUUCCAAUCCAAUCGGAGUCUUACCAAAACCCAACCAAAUGACCUCAAUUGGGUUCUCUCUCAACUCCCUGAUCCUUUGUUCUACUGUCAGUUCAACUCAGAGCUCAAAAAGACUGAGACCCAGUUCAAGAGUCAGUCCGAGAAUGGCUCUGGCCACCCCCACCACCACAUUUGGGUUCAGUAAUUUACUCGAGACUUUCACAGUCAACGUUCAGAGAGCAGAGAACAGGCCUCUGAAUGUGCCCCUGAUUGCUCCUUUUACGAUUGCGACUUCGAGGCUUGAACGUGUUGAGAAUGUUGCGAUCAGAGUUGAGUUGAGAAAUGGGUGUGUGGGGUGGGGUGAAGCUCCAAUCUUGCCUCAUGUGACUGCAGAGGAUCAGCACACCGCUAUGGUCAAGGCCAAGGAGGCUUGUGAGUUCUUGCUCAGGAAUAAUGGGAUGACUUUGAGUUCGGUUUUGGGAGAGAUUGGUGUGCUUCUCCCUGGAUAUGAGUUUGCUUCUGUUAGGGCAGGAGUCGAGAUGGCUCUAAUUGACGCAGUUGCUACAAGUAUUGGUGUCCCUUUGUGGAGACUGUUUGGUGGAGCUUCAAAUACCAUAACCACUGAUAUAACGAUUCCGAUAGUUUCUGCAGCUGAAGCUGCCAAACUGGCUUCAAAGUAUUGCAAAGAAGGAUUUAAAACUUUAAAGCUUAAGGUGGGAAAGAAUCUAAAUUCAGACAUAGAAGUCCUUCAAGCUAUAAGAGCAGUCCACCCUGAUUGCUCUUUUAUCUUGGAUGCUAAUGAAGGAUAUAGCUCCAAUGAAGCUAUCCAAGUUCUUGAGAAAUUAUAUGAGGUGGGAGUGAGUCCAGUUCUCUUUGAACAACCAGUUCAUAGAGAUGAUUGGGAAGGCCUUGGAUAUGUUACUCGUAUUGCUAGAGAAAGAUAUGGAGUAUCAGUUGCAGCUGAUGAGAGUUGUCGAAGUAUAGUAGAUGUUAAGAAAAUAGCAGAAGAAAAUCUUGCUAAUGUCAUUAACAUUAAACUUACUAAAGUUGGGGUUGUUGGGGCCCUUGAAAUUAUUGAGGUUGCAAGAGCGUCGGGAUUGGAUUUGAUGAUUGGUGGUAUGGUUGAGACUAGACUCGCCAUGGGCUUUUCUGGCCACCUUGCUGCUGGCCUUGGGUGUUUUAAGUUUAUUGAUCUAGAUACGCCCCUAUUGCUGUCAGAAGAUCCAGUUCUGGAGGGUUAUGAAGUUUCGGGUGCCGUUUAUAAGUUCAACAACGCUAGAGGCCAUGGUGGAUUUCUCCACUGGGACAACCUUGCUUGAGUUAUCUGCAGAUACGAAGAUUCUGAUUGUUUGGAGAACAGUUUCAACUCUCCACUGCAUAUAAGAAUGCAUUGUAAUUCUUACGACAUGGCCGCUAGAGCAGCAGAGCUUUUCAAAUCCUAUUGUUUGGUGGCGGCUAUGUUUCAUGUUCAAUAAGACGGCAAGAGCUCCAAUUUAAGAGACAGUAGAAGGACGUCUGCUGAGAUUAAUGUAUUUUGAGGUCAGACAUUUAGAUUCGUAGAUAAUAUUAUAUGGCAUUCAGAAUUGCAGCACAUUUCCUCACAUUGCAAGAACUGCUCGGCUCAUCAGCUUAGUAAUUUAUGUAAGGCAAACCCUGGCUUGUAUUCAUUCCAAUGCAAAAGAGAUGCAGAUACAUUUGCUUUGCUGGGAAUCUCGAGAUCGAGGAGAAUGAACUCGAUGGUUGCUUGAUUGAUUAUUGAUAGUUGGAAAGUAUUUCUUCAAGAAUAUUAAUGAUUGUAGGAGCACUACGUACAGAGCUUUUGACUUCAGGUACACAUAGAAAGGAAUAACCAGUUGAAAAAUGAAUGAUCGAGUUUUGACUAA